GGGAGGAGUUCUUUAAAGGGAUAAAUAACUGUUAGCAUUCACGAAAAUCCAGCCCUGCAGGCAGGCUGAUUUGGAUUCACCAACUACAUCCAGCUCUCAGUAGAGUGUGGAGAGGAUGUCCCCCCUCCUGGCCCUCGGGCUCUUGGUGGCCGGGCUCUGUCCGUCUGCCCUGUGCCACCCGGCCAGCUCACUUGAUGGGGAGAGUGUCACCCAGGAGGACCAAAGCAACGGGACACGUGUGGACGACCUCAGGAUGGCCGCCAGCAACGCCGACUUCGCCUGCAGCCUCUACAAGCAGUUGGCUUUGAAGGCCCCUGACAGGAACAUCGUCUUCUCGCCGGUGAGCAUCUCCAUGGCCUUGGCCUUCCUGUCCCUGGCGGCCCGUGGCACCACCCUGACGGAGAUUCUGGAAGGCCUGAAGUUCAACCUCACCGAGACCCCUGAGGCCCAGAUCCACCAGGGCUUCCGGCGCCUGGCGCAGGCCCUCAACCAGCCGCACCCCCAGCUGCAGCUGCACACGGGCAACGCCCUGUUCGUCAGCGGGGCCCUGCAGCUGCUGGACAGGUUCGUGGAAGACGCCCAGGUUCUGUAUGCCUCUGAGGCCUUCACCACCAACUUCCAGGACUCCGCCGCCGCCGAGAAGCUCAUCAACGACCACGUGAAGAGGGAAACCCAGGGGAAAAUUGUGGAUUUGGUCAAGGGCCUCGACCCACAGACAGUGAUGGUUCUGGUGAAUUACAUCUUCUUUAAAGCCAAGUGGAAAAGCCCCUUUGACCCCCAAGACACUUUCAAGACAAAAUUCCAUGUGAGCACAAGACGGUCAGUGGAUGUGUCCAUGAUGAGCAUCGAGGACCUGACCGCACCCUAUUUCCGGGAUGAGGCGCUCUCCUGCACUUUGGUGGAGCUGAGAUACACGGGCAAUGCCAGUGCCCUCUUCAUCCUCCCCGACAAGGGCAAAAUGAAGGCAGUGGAAGCCAUGCUGUCCCCAGAGACCCUGAGAAGGUGGAGAGACUCACUGAAAACCAGCCGCAUAGAUGAACUCUACUUGCCAAAGUUCUCCAUCUCCGGUGACUAUGACCUGUCGGGCAUUCUUCCCCGGCUGGGCAUGAGGGAAGUCUUCACCAGCCAGGCUGACCUAUCGGGAGCCACAGGGUCCAAGAACCUGACGGUUUCCCAGGUGGUCCACAGGGCCCUGCUCGAUGUGGCCGAGAAGGGCACAGAAGCAGCUGCUGCCACAGGAGUCAAAAUCAUCCCCUUGUCCGGAAGGAUGGGUCCACUGAUCACCGUAAACCUCAACAGGCCCUUCCUGAUGAACAUCCACUCCACAGUCACCCAGAACACCCUCUUUCUGGUCAAACUUGUCAACCCCAACCAAGCCUAGAGCACUGCCGCAAGGCGGAGUCCCCGCCAAGGAGCCCAGAAUGGAAGCAUGGAGUUCCUGGGCCAGGCCUCACCCUCUCCUUGCCUGUCUGCUCAUCCAGAAACAGCCCGUGCGUGAGGCCUGGCAUUCGCAGGGAGCCAGUGGACUGUUUGAUCCAGACACCCCGGGGCCUCCCAACAGCAGGAAACCAUCCUCCUGGACCAGUGGGUUUUCGUGUGCCUUUCUCCUCCCCCCCUUUCUGACUCCCUGCCCUGUGGCUGCCUGGGCCCCAAAUCCCCCGUCUGAGCUUCCUGCAGGUGUGGCUCCUCCCGCCUUUAGCUUCAUCAGCCCCACAAGACCUGCCUGACCCUGUGCCGGCAGCCAAGACCACCUGGAGCUCAGGCCCAGGCCUGGAAGAGGACCUGCUGCCUUCAGGCCAAGUUCUGCCUCCGGGGCUCCCUGGUCCUCAGUUUCAGGUUCACUCUUUUGCUCCCCUGGGGCCCGGGAUCUGCUGUCACGAGCCUGACCCUUGCAGGGGCUCCUGACCUAGAAUCACAUUUGGCACAGCCCCUGGGUCCCUUGCUGCUGCAGCUGGGCUGGGCCUUCCGGUGGGAUCGUCUCCUUCUGUACCCCCAGAACUCCCAACCCAGGGAGCGUAGCUACUUACCAGGUUCCCAGCCCAAUCCCCUCAACUGCCUUACCAGUUCUGAAGCCCCUUCCUCAUGCAUUAGCUCCCUUGGCAACCAGAAUGGAGGGCUGGUAGCAAACUAGCAAUAAAGGCAUAACUGAAAUAAA